AUGGCGUCGUCGCCCGCGAGCAGCUACGACUGCUCCUUCAAGGUCCUGCUCAUCGGGGACUCGGCCGUCGGCAAGAGCAGCCUCCUCGUCAGCUUCGUCUCCGCCGCCCACAUCGACGAUGACAUCGCGCCAACCAUAGCCGUGCCGGCCCAGUCUGCACGGAAAGCCGGCGGCAAUGCUCGGUCGCGCCGGGCUGUCCAAUCGAAGGGGCCGUGCCCGUGUUCGCUGCGGAACCUCGCUAUCCUCGCCGUGGUAGCAUGGACCUUCUUCCUCUACCUAGACUUCUCGGUGAUCAGCGGCACGGCGGAGGUGAGCAACGGCGGUGACCCGUGCCGGGGACGGUACAUCUACGUCUACGACCUGCCGCCGCGCUUCAACACCGACAUCAUCCGCGACUGCCGCGAGGCCGGGGGCCGCUGGGGCGACAUGUGCGCGUUCCUGAGCAACGCCGGCCUUGGCCGCCCCCUCACCGACGACGGCACGGACGGCGGCGAAGCUGGGUGGUACGACACGCACGAGCUCGCGCUGGACGCCAUCUUCCACAACCGGAUGAAUCGGUACGAGUGCCUGACCAACCGCUCCGCUGUGGCCUCCGCCGUGUUCGUCCCGUUCUACGCCGGCUUCGACUUUCUCCGCUACCAGCGGGGCUACGACAAGGCCACCAGGGACGCCGCGUCGGCGGACCUGUCGUUUUGGCUCACGGUACAGCCCCAGUGGCGGCGCAUGGCGGGGCGCGACCACUUCCUCGUCGCCGGCCGAACAGGGUGGGACUUCCGGAGGAGCGGCGGCGGCGGCGGCGGCGGCGACGCGAACCCUGACCGGGGCAACGGCCUCCUCCUCAAGCCGGCCGGCCGAAACAUGUCUCUGCUCGUGCUGGAGUCCACGCUGGAACACGGCAGCGACUUCUCGCUGCGCCGGACGUUCGCCGAGAGAUCCAGUCCGGAACGCGUGAUCGCUAAGCAGCGCAAGGCGCCCAGCGCCCAGCGCCUCGCCAUGCCGCAGCCGCACCUCCGCAGCGCUCUCGGCGAUGCCAGUGCUGCCACAAUUUCGCCGACAUUAUGCGUCUAUUCCGAAGGCCACCUUCUACCGCAACCACCGGCGGCGACGACUACUACUCCCGCGCUGCGACGGUCGGUAUUCGACUCGAUGGUGGCCGGUCGCAUCCCGGUGUUUCUUCCACACGGGACGGCGUGCGACGAGCGAUACCGUGGCAUCUCCCGAGAGGACGGCCACCUCAAGUACUCGGUGUUCAUCCCGGACGCCGACGUGAGGCGGCGCAAUGUGAGCGCCGAGGCCGUGCUUCGGAAGAUCCCUCCGCCACGGUGGAGCGGAUGCGGGAGGAGGUGA